AAAAACCGGUUCGAAGCCAUUUGCUCGUUCAGUCCCUCGAUAUAAACUUGAUAAGAAGAACUAUAACGGCGCAAAAUAAAAGCCAUGAGUUGAUAAAGUUUGCUCAGAACGCUUCAGCUCUUUGCUCACUUUAUUAUCUGCUUCAAUCCCCCGGUUCCGAAGUUUAUCUAGAGAACUGCGCUAGGUUAUGAGGUUAUAACGGUCCCAGCCAUGAAUAUUUCACAACCUAUCGCGUCGGCGAUCGACAGCGUCGACUUCGACUUCCUUACCCCCUCCGAAAUAAAAGCGAUCUCAGUUAAGAGGAUUGAAAACCCGACGACGUUCGACAGUCUUCUAAACCCCAUACCCGGCGGUCUGUACGAUCCUGCACUUGGAGCUUGGGGAGACUCAGUAUGCACAACAUGUAAUCUUGCGCAACCGAAUUGCCCUGGCCAUGUUGGCCAUAUCGAUCUCCCAGUCCCCGUAUACCACCCAGUCUUUAUGGACCAAAUCCUAAGACUACUUCGAGCGCAAUGUCAAUAUUGCUUUCGCUUUCGAAUGCGACGACACGAUAUAAGUCUCGUUUCUUGCAAGCUACGCCUUCUCCAGUUCGGCCUAAUAGAUGCGGCGAACCACCUUGACGAUAUCACCGCCGAAACUACCGACAUACCAGUAGAGGAUGAAAAUGAAUCCGACGGUGAAGAGAUCACGGGGUUCGAUAAGGUAGUUCGCAUGAGAGAGGCAUAUACUAGGACAGCCUUAAAGGAGCACAGAUUGGGGACGGCCGAUAUCAGAAAGGGCAAGCAUGAAGGCGCAUCGGAAGCGAGGAGAGAGGUGCUCAAAAAUUUCUUCAAAGAUAUGACCAAAGGCAGAACUUGCGCUACAUGUGACGGCAUAUCUCCAAACUUCAGAAAAGAUCGAUUCGUCAAGAUCUUUGAGAAGCCGCUCAGCGGCAAAGAUCAGGCUAAGAUGGCACAGCGCAAUCUCCAACACAAAGAUGCUCUAACGAUCAGGCGGAAAUCCUCUAAGGCGGACCUAGCUAAGAAGCGCAGGGACAACACGGACGAGGGAAUAGCCGAUAUUGAUCUUCAGUCGGGCGAAGAGGAGGUUGAGCAAGAGAGUAACGAAGAAGAGGAGGGAGAGGGUGAAGAAUUGGAUGAGAAUGGCGACGUCAUCAUGUCAGAAGGUGCUGGUGCGCCUGCCAAAUCCGCGAAAGCGAAGAAAGAAGAGGCCAAAUCUCAGCAGCGCUAUGUCAACUCGAUGGAAGUCAAAGCACGACUACAACUUUUAUUCGAAAAGGAGCAGGAUAUAAUGGCUCUAGUCUACAACUCGAGACCUUCCGGAAAGAAACUCCCUGCGAACAACUUCUUCAUACAAACUGUUCUCGUUCCGCCUAACAAAUUUCGCCCUGAAGCCCGACAAGGCGAUGGAGCAAUUGCGGAAGCCCAGCAAAACUCACUCUAUAAGCAGAUCCUUUCUUCAUGCACACGGAUUGCGCAGAUACAUAAAGAAAUCAAACAACAUGAACAUGACCCUGAUUCAUUAGCCCGACGACGAGAUAUAUCCGAAAUGCAUGAAGCUUGCGUUAGCCUUCAGGAUAGCGUGAACUCGUUAAUUGAUCGGGAUCGAAAUCCUAUUCGUGGAGCGGCCGGCAAGAGAAAUGAAGACGGUAUCAAGCAAAAGCUCGAAAAGAAAGAAGGAUUGUUCCGAAAAAACAUGAUGGGCAAGCGUGUAAAUUACGCUGCUCGAAGUGUUAUUUCCCCCGACCCGAAUAUCGAGACCAGCGAAAUAGGUGUCCCUCCUGUUUUUGCCAAGAAGUUAACCUAUCCAGAACCGGUAACAAGCCAUAACUUCAGAGAAAUGCAGCAGGCUGUCAUCAACGGUAUUGAUAAGUGGCCCGGUGCUGCGGCAAUUGAAAACGAGAACGGGCAAAUUAUCAAUCUUAAGAACAAAUCCGUCGAUGAUCGCAUAGCUUUGGCUAACCAACUCCUUGCUCCGUCAAGCCACGAAUAUGCCGGAGUGAAAGGCAAGAAAGUUCAUCGUCAUCUUGGAAAUGGUGAUGUGGUACUCAUGAAUCGUCAACCUACCCUCCACAAACCGUCUAUUAUGGGUCACCGAGCCAGAGUCUUGCCGGGUGAGAGAACCAUUCGAAUGCACUACGCCAAUUGUAAUACGUACAAUGCGGAUUUCGAUGGUGACGAGAUGAACAUGCACUUCCCACAGAAUGAACUUGCGCGAGCAGAAGCCUUGAAGAUCGCCGAUACAGACCACCAAUAUCUCUCUGCCACUGCUGGAAAACCGCUUCGAGGUUUAAUCCAGGACCAUCUUUCCGUCUCUGUAGCCCUUUGCAGCAAGGAUACUUUCUUCGACAAAGGCGCAUAUCACCAACUCGUAUACAGUGCGUUGCGACCCGAAAGUGGGCAUAUCGCAUCUGAGCGACUUGAACUCGUGGCGCCUGCUAUCAUAAAACCAGCCAUGCGCUGGACGGGAAAACAGGUUAUCACGACUAUCCUGAAGAACAUGAAACCAGCCGGUAGUGGUGACCUAUGGCUUGCUGGAAAAUCGCAGCUAAAGGGGAGUUCCUGGGGAAAUUCUACCGAAGAAGGCGACGUAUUGUUUAUUGACGGUGAAUUCAUCACCGGUAUCCUCGACAAGAAUCAAUUAGGACCCAGCUCGGGCGGUUUUAUACAUUCCAUCCAUGAAAUCUGGGGCCCUGAGCUUGCUGCAAAACUGCUCAGUUGUCUAGGUCGACUUCUCACUCGGUAUCUCAAUAUGCGUGCCUUCAGUUGUGGUAUGGACGAUCUACGACUCACACCCGAAGGCGAAAAGGACCGCAAGAGGAUAUUGCAAGGUGCUACUGAGAUUGGCCUUGAAGUUGCCGCUAAGUUUGUGAGUUUGGGCGAUCGAGCCGAUAUUGACAACUCGAAUCCACUAUUGCUGGAGCGAUUGGAGGAGGUCAUGCGCGAUGAUACGAAGCAAGAAGACUUAGAUCGCAUGAUGAACUCGUCGUCCCGAAACCUGUCUAGUGACGUCACUACAGCCUGUCUCCCUGCAGGUCUUGAGAAGCAAUUCCCUAAGAAUCAGAUGCAGUCGAUGACAACAUCCGGUGCAAAAGGAAGUAGUGUUAACGCGAACCAAAUUUCUUGCAAUCUUGGUCAACAAGUUCUCGAAGGUAGGAGGGUGCCUCUAAUGGUGAGCGGCAAAUCGCUACCUUGUUUCCGCCCCUUCGAAACCAGUAUACGAGCAGGUGGCUAUAUCGUAAAUCGUUUCUUUUCUGGUAUUCGACCUCAAGAGUAUUAUUUCCAUCACAUGGCUGGACGAGAAGGUCUUAUUGAUACGGCCGUCAAAACAUCCCGUUCCGGUUACUUGCAGAGAUGUUUGAUCAAGGGGAUGGAAGGUCUAAAGGUGGCUUAUGAUUCGUCAGUACGAGACGCCGAUGGAUCAAUGGUUCAGUUCUUAUACGGAGAAGAUGGUUUGGAUAUUACGAAACAGAAAUACUUGGUUGAUUUCGGUUUCGUGCUCCGCAAUCAGACAUCACAGGUUGACCGACUCGGUAUUGCUGAGAGAGGUUGGGACCAGGAAAUUUACGAAUCCAAAGACUAUGCUCAGAAAUAUCAAAAGAAAGCCAUCAAGCAAGCCAAGUCAAAUGACCCCAAGGCGAUCGACCCCAUCCACGCCGAGCUCAAUCCUAACCGUCAUGCCUUUGCCACCUCGGAGAAAUUUUAUGAGAAGGUCUCUGAGUACAUCAAAGCUAACAAGGACGGUCUGAUAAAGGAGAAGGGAGAGAAGAAAUCAUCCGGCGUGCUCAUCCCCCGGAAAUACGCGGAAAAGAUCUUCCAUUCGAAAUAUCUCAAUUCUCUAACAGAGCCUGGCGAGGCUGUGGGUAUCGUUGCUGGUCAAUCCGUUGGUGAGCCUUCAACUCAGAUGACGCUCAACACUUUCCAUUUGGCUGGUCACUCUGCGAAGAACGUCACCCUCGGUAUUCCCCGUCUAAGAGAAAUUCUCAUGACCGCUAGCGACAAGAUUUCUACUCCGUCUAUGACACUAGUGCUGAAUGAGGAGCUGUCAGAAGCGGAGGGCGAGACAUUCGCAAAGGCAAUCAGUAUCCUCCCAUUAUCGCACGUCCUCAACAAAGCUACAGUCAAGGAACGCGUCGGCAAAGGUAUUGGUUACCGCCUAGCCAAGAUGUUUGAUAUUCACCUCGAGUUUUUCUCAUCGAAUGAAUACACGGAAACCUAUGCAAUCGGCGUUUCUGAUGUCCUCAACACUCUAGAGAUUAAGCUUCUCCCGAUGCUUGAGAGGUUGGUCAAGAAAGAAAUCAAGGCAAAGAUUGAUCAAGAGGGUGGUGCAGUUCCCGAAGUCGGUGUCAAGUCCGGGGUAGUAGAAAUGGCAUCGGGUAAUCCAGAAGCCGCAGCCCGCGACGAAGAUGACGAUGACGACGACGAUGAUGAAGACGAUGCGACCAAUGCCAAGCAACGCGCAAAUCGGGCACAAGCUGUCUCCUACGGCGCAAAUGAUGACGAAGACGACGAAAUCCAAAGGCGGUUAGAGCGCGAGGCAUCACCCGAAGAUGAAGAAGAGCCUGAAGACGAAGGAUUCGGCGGCAGUCCAGCUCCAGACAGUGACAAUGAGAAUGAAGACGAGGAUAGUCGCAAGAAGGCUGGUGCUCGCGAAAGCCGUGUCAAGGAAAGAACACCAGUUGUAUCUCGUUUCGAAUGCGACGAAAAUAAGGGAGAAUGGUGCAAUUUCACACUCGAAUACGAUUCAAGCAUACCUAAAAUCUUGAUGUUGAGCAUUGUCCAAGAUGCAGUCCGAAAAUCGCUCAUUCAGCAAAUUGAGGGUAUCCGAGGAUGUACCUUUGUACCCAACGAAGAAGUCCGUGACCCACAAACCGGCAAGAAGGAAAAUAGGGCGGUGAUACAUACCAAUGGUGUCAAUCUCCGAGCCAUGCAAAAGUACGGUGACUUCAUUAACCCCAAUAAAAUCCAAACGAACGAUAUCGCAGCGGUGCUCCAGGUGUAUGGCGUCGAGGCGGCACGCAGCGGAAUCAUUCAGGAACUGAGCGGGGUUUUCGAAAGUCACGGUAUUGGUGUCGAUAACCGCCACCUCAACCUCAUCGGUGAUUACAUGACGAGAAACGGAGGAUUUACUCCGUUCAACCGUAUGGGAUUGAAGGGUAAUGUCAGUCCUUUCACCAAGAUGAGUUUCGAGACGACGCUAUCUUUCUUGAAGGAUGCUGUUCUUGAUGGUGAUUGGGAUGAUCUUACCACACCGAGUAGCCGAAUCGUUAUGGGUAGGCUAGGCAAGAUCGGUACGGGCGCGUUCGAUGUCCUUACCAGAGCUCAUCCGAAAAAUGGGAAGAAUGCUAUGGUUUGAGGGGACGUGACGUUGUGAUUCAUUACUUAGGCUUCUAAAAUGGGGGAGUACUUGGAGUUUGCUCUCAACAUUGGUUUGAGGUACAAAUAUUUUAGUGGUAUUUAUCACGGGAAUAGUAGAUAGAAAUGUAUGAUGUGUCCAUA